AUGGAGUCCCCAGUGUUGGAAACUGGCCCACUUUUUACCUCAAGAAUUAAGAGACAUGUGAAAGACAAAAGAAUUUCAAAGACUGCUAAAUUGAAUGUUUCUCUAGCUUCAAAAAUCAAAACAAAAAUAAUAAACAAUUCUUCCAUUUUAAAAAUUUCUCUAAAGCAUAACAACAGGGCAUUAGCUCAGGCUCUUAGUAAAGAGAAAGAGAAUUCUCGAAGACUUACAACUGAAAAGAUGCUGUUGCAAAAAGAAGUGGAGAAAUUGAAUUUUGAGAACACAUUUCUUCGCCUAAAGCUAAAUAAUUUGAAUAAGAAGCUUAUAGAAAUAGAAGCACUCAUGAACAAUAACUUGAUAACUGCAAUUGAAAUGAGCAGUCUUUCUGAGUUCCAUCAGAGUCCCUUUGUACUGCCAGCUAGCCAGAAGAAACGAGUUAGUAAACAGUGCAAUUUGAUGCGCCUUCCAUUUGCAAGGGUUCCGUUAACUUCAAAUGAUGAUGAGGAUGAUGAGGAUGAUAAAGACAAAAUGCAGAGUGACAACAAUGUUAUGUCAAAGUCAUCACCUGAUAUUUCUUCUUUGGCAUCAAUAAGACAACCUUUAUCAACUCAGUAUAAUUUGGAAUUGUCGUUUCUCAAAGAAAGUAACCUGAAUGUGCAUGGUUUAGAGGAUUCAGAACAUAUUUCUUCUGUUGUUGAUGUACUUUACAAAGAAAGCCGUUCUCAUUCAGACCAGAGUUUCAAGAGUUCCCAAAUGAGUGAGACGAAAAGUGUCCAGUCCAUCAGCCACAGAAAGGAGAAUCCAUCUCCUAGUAAUGUGACUGAAAGGAAGAAGCAUGUACCAUCUUGGGAGUCAAAUAAUCCCUCUGCAAACACUCCCUUUGUGGCAGAUUUAGAUCAACAAGUGAUUCCAAGUCCAGAUUUAAACUGGAGUAAUGAGAUAAAUAAUCAGACUAAUGAAACAAAUACUAAAAUGCAAAGAGAGGUCCAGUGCGUUCCUGGCUCAUCUUCUGAGUCUGUAAGUGAACCUAAUGCAGAGGGGAUGGAUAAAGUCCAGGGUAAUGAUGACUUACAAUUGCAGAAAACUGUGUAUGAUGCUGACAUGGAUUUAACUGCUGGUGAAGUAAGCAAAAUUAUUACAGUUUCAACACAUGCUAAAAAUAGAAGUAAUAAAAAAACAAAUGAUUGUGGAAUGAAAACUUUCAGAAAAGUGAAAGAUUCAAACUCUAAAAAAAAGAGAGAAAGAUCAAAGAGACAAUUUAAAAAUAGUUUGGAUGUAGAUAUCGAGGAAAAGAUUCAAAACAGGCCAGAAGGAUCUGCUUUUGUAGAUGGCAAAGGUGAUUCAGAAGAUCCAGACUUUAUUUUCAAUUCUGAACAGCUGGCUCACCUGAACAUACUGAAGAAAAUAACCCUUCAUAAUGAUUUGGAUCGAGAUGACAGACAAAGUACACAGUAUGAUGAAAAGAAAAGAACGUAUUUAAUGAAUGAGCAAGAGGAAAUAUGCUCUUUCUCCCAAAGUUGUGAUAAAUUCCAGCAGGAGAAUAAAUUUGAUAUGGGUCAGAUUUCCCUUACCUGUAAUAAAAGUAAAGCUUCGAGACAGACAUUUGUAAUUAAUAAGUUAGAAAAACGUAACUUAAUCCCAAACCAUAAGGAUAAAGAAACCAUUUCUGAAAACAUAGAAAUCACAAAUGAAUUUCAAACAGCUGAUCUUUCCACCAAAGAUAAUGGAAAUUUACAUAAUUGUGAGACCCAGCAUAUGUUAGGCUUGAAAAAGCAUGUCACCAAUAUGCAACCUAUUCAGCAAAGUGAAUCAAAAGUAAAUAAGAAGCUUAGGCAGAAAGUAAAUCGGAAGACAGAAAUAAUUUCUGAAAUGAACCAAAUAUAUGAGAAUAAUGAUAAAGAUGUGCAUGACCUAGAAAAAGUUGACUUUUUCUUCCAAACACAAGAGAAUAAAGAAACCAUCUCUGGAAAUGUAGAAGUCUCAAGUGAGUUUAAAACACUUACUCUUUCCACCAGAGAUAAUGGAAACCUGUGCAAUUGGGAGAUCCAGAAUGUGUUGGGUUUGCAAAAGCAGAUCACCGGUAUGUACCCGGUUCAGCAAAAUGAGUCAAACGUAAAUAAGAAGCUUAGGCAGAAAAUAAAUCGUAAGACAGAAAUAAUUUCUGAAAUGAAUCAUACAGAUAAUGACAAAGGUGUUCAUUGUCCAGAAAAGGGUAACUUUUUCCUCCUAACCCAAAAGGAUAAAGAAACCAUUCUUGAAAACCUAGAAGACUCAAAUGGGUUUCAAAUACCUGAUCUUUCCACCAAAGAUACUGGAAACCUAUGUGAUCAUGAGACUCAGAAUAUUUUGAGGGUGAAAAAGCACGUUCAUGAUAUACAACCUGCUUGUCAAAAUGAAUCAAAAAUAGAUAAGCUUAGGCAGAAGGUAUGUCGGAAGACAGAAAUAAUUUCUGAAAUGAACCAAAUAUAUGAGAAUAACCCAGAAAAAGGUAACUUCUUUCCUGUAACCCAGAAGGAUAAAGAAACCACCCCUGAAAACCUGGAAGAUGCAAAUGGGUUUCAAAUCGCUGAUUCUUCCACCAGAAGUAAUCGAAACCUAUGUAAUUAUGAGACCCAGAAUAUGUUGGGCUUGAAAAAGCAUGUCACUGAUAUGCAACCUGCUCAGCAGAAUGAAUCAAAAAUAAAUAAGAAGCUUAGGCAGAAAGUAAAUCGGAAAACAGAAAUAAUUUCUGAAAUGAAGCUAAUAAAUGACUAUAAUAACGAAAGUGUGCAUGACCCAGUAAAAGGUAACUUCUUUUCCCUAACCCAAAAGGAUAAAGAAACCAUUUCUAAAGACCUAGAAACCGCAAAUGAAUUUCAAACAACUGAUCCUUCCACCAGAGAUAAUGGAAAUGCAUAUGAUUAUGAGACCCAGAAUAUGUUCAGUUUGAAAAAGCAGGUCACAGACAUGCAACCUGCUCAGCAGAAUGAAUCAAAAACAAAUAAGAAAUUUAGGCAGAAAGUAAAUAGGAAAACAGAAGUAAUUUCUGAAAUGAACCAAAUGUAUGAGAACGACGACAAAGAUAUGCAUGGUCCAGACAGCAAUCUUGAUUUUAAAAUAAGUAAAUCUAAAUGGAGACCUGAAUGCCAAGGCAUUAGCAGAGGAUACUGUAUGGAAAUCAACAGUAAUGAAAAGGAAAAUUGUGAUCAAAUUCCAAAUCCUUACAAACUAGUUAAAAAGCAUAGGAAAGAAUCAUCAGGCAAGGCAAAGAACAUUUUGGCUAAAGGUAAGCACAAAACUAGUUUGCAGUUAACAGAUUCUUCACAGACUUCCAUCUCGUUAGAAUCAGGUUUAAAACAAAUUACUAAUGAGCCAGAUUCUAAUGCUAGAAACCAAACUGAACUACCUAAGAAUCAGAGGCAAAGCACUAGAACUCUGAAUAAAAAAAGAGAUUUACCCUUUGUAGAAGUGAGAGAAGGAGAAUGCCAGGUCAAAAAAGUAAAUAAAAUGACACCCAAAUCAAAGAAAAGGAAGACUGUCAUAGAUCCUUCUCCAGAUAGUAAUGAACAAAUGGAGAUAACAUCAAACACUGUUCAGGGAAAGUCAGUUGAAUCUGAACAAACUGAUAAGGAAAAAAUUUUGGAGAAUGAGAAAAUUGUCAAAAUUGAGCCAGAGUUUUACAGAAAGGUAUUUAAACCUUUAUCUCAAAUAUGUUUAUCGAAAAUGCAAGAUUCUUUUAACACUGUUCUUGAGGAUUCACUACCUUUGAGUAUUUCUUCUAGUAAAAAUACAAUAAGAGAAAGUUUUGUUCUGACGGGCUCACCAGUCUUUCAAGUAAGUGAUGAUGUACAUGAGAAGAUGAGAGAGAUUAAAGUCAUCCAGAGAACACAAAAAUCAGGAACAGGUGAUAGAACGCUACAGGACUUGACAAAUACCAGUUUUGUUUCUAAAUCUGAAAAUAAGGCAGAAGAUCCAUCUUCAGAACUGCCAGGCAGAAGAAGAAGAUGUAUUCCUCUCUCUUUAAAAGAGCCAAGUCUCAAAAGGAAGAUGAGAAGAUGAGGUGAAUUUAUGGAUAUUGGUUUUCUGAAUUCGCAAAGCAUAAAGAGU